AUGGUCAACGCAAGGGGAAGUGUUCAGUGUGUUAGUUUUAAUUCUCGAGGUAAAACGAGUUUUAAAGAUUCGGUUCGGAACACAUGCGUGACAAAGAAGCAGGGACAUUUCUCGGUGGGGGUGAAGUCUGUUGCGUCUGCUCCGUCUCCAGCUCCUCCUCCGGGGAGUGAAGAAAGGAAGAAGGAGAAGAAGAGCUCUGAGUCUAAUUCAAGGACUUGGAUUACUGUUGGUUCUGUGUUGGGUGGAUUGGUGUCGGAGUUACAAGGAGGAAGAGAAGAUGAAGGAGAUGAAUGA